AUGUCUAAAACCAAACAUUGCGAGGCGAUCAGGGUGGUGGUACGCUGCCGGCCAUUCAAUAGGAAAGAAGAGAAAUCGGGGUGUGAGAACAUUUUGAGGAUUGAUGACAAACUGGGGCAGAUCAUCCUAAGGAACCCGGAGGCACCACCUGAUGAGCCAAUGAAAGUAUUCACGUUUGACUCUGUGUACGGCUGGGACUCAAAGCAAAGCGACAUAUAUGAUGAUGCGGUAAGACCUCUUGUGGAGUCCGUGCUGCAAGGCUUCAACGGGACCAUAUUUGCCUACGGACAAACGGGGACAGGUAAAACAUUCACCAUGCAAGGGGUUUCAAACGACCCUGAGAGGAGAGGUGUUAUACCAAAUUCAUUUCAGCACAUUUUCACACAGAUAGCCAGAACUCAGAAUCAGAAAUACCUGGUGAGGUCAUCGUACCUUGAGAUCUACCAGGAGGAAAUCAGAGACCUCCUGUGCAAAGAUAACAACAAAAAACUGGAACUUAAAGAGAGUCCUGACUAUGGGGUGUAUGUGAAAGACCUGUCCUCAGUGGUCACAAAGAACGCCACUGAGAUUGAACAUGUGAUGAACUUAGGUAACCAGUCCAGGUCUGUGGGGUUCACGAACAUGAACGAACGCAGCUCUCGUUCUCAUGCAAUUUUUGUCAUAACUGUGGAGUGCAGUGAGGUAGGGCCAGAUGGUGAGGACCACAUUAGGGUGGGAAAGCUUAAUAUGGUUGACCUGGCUGGCAGUGAGCGCCAGAGCAAGACUGGCGCCAAAGGGAAGCGUUUGAAGGAGGCAGCCAAAAUCAACCUGUCUCUCUCAGCAUUGGGGAACGUCAUUUCGGCCCUGGUGGAUGGGAAGAGCACCCACGUCCCGUACAGAGACUCCAAACUUACCCGCUUGCUCCAGGACUCACUGGGUGGGAAUGCAAAAACUGUCAUGUUAGCCACGGUGGGGCCAGCGCACAAGAAUCACAGUGAAUCCCUGGCCACGCUGAGGUACGCCAACAGAGCCAAGAACAUAAAGAACAAGCCUCGGAUUAAUGAGGAUCCCAAAGAUGCCCUGCUGAGAGAGUUUCAGGAGGAGAUUGCACGGCUCAAAGCCCAGCUGGACGAGCGAGGGAUGCUGGCAAAGGAGAGGAGGAGGAGAAGGAACAGCAAAAGACUGAGUAAAAGUAUGGCUGGUUGGGAAGAGGAGAUCUUCAAAGAGAGGGAUGCAGAGGUUUGGAAGGCUGUGGAGGAGGAACCAGAUAUGACACAUUACACAAAAGACGGAGGUGACAUGCCCAAAGUCUUGGCCUGCCAGGGAGAAAGUGAGAAGUUCAAGCACCUGAAUGAAAACAGAAAGAGUGUGGAGGACAUGCAGUGGGAUCAAGAUGCACUGGAGAAGAUCAUUGAGAAAUACAAGGCUAUGGAGAGCAAACUGUUAGUUGGGGGAAAGACUAUAACUGAUCACACCAAUGAACAACAAAAAAUGCUGGAGCUGAAGAGGCAAGAGAUUGCAGAGCAGAUUCGGAGAGAGAGAGAGAUCCAGCAGCAGAUGAUGCUGCAAGAUGAGGAGACUUUGGAAAUGAAAGAGACAUUCUCCUCCAUGCAGCAUGAGGUGGAACUUAAGACAAAGAAACUGAAGAGGUUGUUUACCAAGCUACAAAUGGUACAGGGGGAGAUGAGAGAUGUUAUCGGCGAGCACGUCAGUACCAGACAGGAGCUUGAACAGACACAGAAUGAGCUCACCAGAGAACUCAAGUACAAAUAUCUCUUGAUUGAGAAUUUUAUACCUCCUGAAGAAAAGAACAAGAUCAUGAAUAGGCUGCACUUUGACUGCGAGGAGGAUCAGUGGAGACUCCAACCUGUUAUCCCAUCAGAGAGUGCACCCACUCAGGUCAAGAGGAGGCCUCUCUCUGCUGUGGGAUACAAGAGGCCAAUCAGCCACUAUGCACAGAUGGCAGUUGCCUCAGCAACCGGGGCCCCUUCCAGAUACCAGGCGGAGAAUAUCAUGCUGUUGGAGUUAGACAUGUCCCCGCCAACCAUGUUCACCUUGAACCUUAAUGGCACUCACCUGGAGAGAGCCUUCUCUCCCAGGCUGAUGCGAGAUCUUCUGGUAAAUGUUCCUAUCAGAGAGAGGGCCACCGCAUCAUCUCGGGUCAGGAAAUCCCAAUCCUGGUAUCAGCCAACACAAGCAGCAUCUGUCCCAUCGUCCUCAUCAUCUACCACACUGGCAUCAGGAUCCCAGAGCUUCUCCCACAGUCAGAGACAAAGACCAUCUUCUGCUGCUUAUCUUCCACACGGGGAUCCAGCUCAAACGAGCCCAUGA